AUGCCUUUCUAUGCCCAUGGACAACUCGACGAGUGGGUCCAGGAGUCGUUGCCUCGAUGGUACGAAGUGAGGAAAGUUCUUUACGAGGUAUCAGAGGCGCUGAGCUUUCUGCACGAGAAUCUUGUCGUCCAUGGGGAUGUCAAGCCGGCCAAUAUUCUCAUAGGCAGCGACUUUCGAGGUCGUCUAGUAGACUACGAUAUCUCAGUCGAUCUCAGUCAGAGGACCAGAAGCCUGUAUGACACUGAGAUGCGCUCUGUCGCCAUGACUGUUGGCUUCGAAGCCCCUGAGCUGAUGCAGACGGGCUGUACGUAUGCGACAGACGUCUGGUCGUUCGGU